AUGAAACCAAAUGGAAACGAGCUGGUAACUUAUAAUAGUAUGAAGCAGAAACUAGCAAGGCAAAAACAACUAAAAAUUUCAUGGAAUAAUCUCGUUAACUCAGCGAUCAAGAAAAAACGAAUUACAGUUCUUUCUUGUGCAAUUAAUAUAUUACAAUUAACAGAUAUGGUUAAAGAAAAACGUCUUAAAACGUAUUUUGAAAUCUGGAUUCAGAGAAAAAAUACUGAAUCCAAUCAGAGAAAAUGGAGUCAUGUAUUCAAAUUACUAAAGCGCAAAUCUAUUUUAGAAGAAAUACAGAAAAUCCAAGUAGAAAAUGAAGAGAAUGCAAAAAGAAUAGCAAUUAAAACAAAGAAUGUAUGGAUUAGCAUGACAAAGAAGUUGCAGUACAAAGAAUUCUCAUAUAAAAUACUAAAAGCAAAUAAAAAUCUAAGAGUUGCAUGGCGUUUACAUCAAUAUCGAUCUAAAUGGCUAGUCUUAAUAAGAAAAGUUGUUAAUAUACACAAAUGUAAGCAGUUUGGUGCAUUUAGAAAUUGGUAUUUAAUAGGUAAGAGAAUUUUAACUGAUAUUGAGGUUUCGAAGAAGAACCACAACUUCAAAAUAGCCAAAUUGACAGAUAAAUGGUUUCACUUUUCCAAUCUUCUAAAAAUAAGAUCAAUUAAUAAAAAUUAUAAUAAUUUAGUUGGAAGAGAGAAAUGGAACAAGAUUACUCAAAAAUAUUUGAAGCAGAAUAAGUCUAAUAACUUUCAUCGCUCAAUGUAUCAAUAUCAUUGGAUUAAACUUUCGACUCAGAAUUUGCAGAAAAAUACGAUUCAAAGCGCUUUGCAGUUAUAUCGAAGUGAUAUGCAACAGAAUGGAACAAUGUGGCUGCCGUUACCUCAAGUAUAUAAGCUUUGCUGUACAAAAUGUUUACUUUAUAAGAAAUCUGAAUUAAAUAUCUCUCAAGACGUCCAAAAGAAGAACUCACUCCAUGUAAAGUGGAUUAGAUGGUCAUGUAAGCUGAAAUGGAUCACAAACUAUGAACAGCUUCAAUAUGCUCAACAAAGAUUUCAAGAAAAAGAUGAUAUUAUGAAGAGAUUGCAGCAUAGGAAGCUAAAUGCUCCUCAUAAGAGUCCAAUCCAGCCGAAAAUUAGGACUUUUCUUAAAGUUUCUGAACCAAAUCAUCAAAUGACAAAAAAUCAACCGGUAAAUAGUUUAAAUUAUGUUAAAAAUGCUUCUCUAAUAAUUGAAAGCAAACCUACACCUCAACUUGAUAUUCAUUUGGAAAAUAUCGAAAUUCCAAAUAAUGAAAACAGUUUUCAUGACAUUUCUACACAGAAUAAAUACCCUGAUAUGAGUAAUACCAGUACUCAAAAAUCAGCUAUUCAAGACCUCUCAACUAAUGAUGUUUCCAUUCAAAUGACUCAUCCUGAUCUACAGACAGCAUCAAUUCAAAAAGAUGACACAGGACAAAACUUAAAUGAAACUUCUCAAGGAAGUAGUGAAAUCUAUGAACCAAGGACAACACCAACGAUAAUCAACAUUUACAAUUAUCCGUUGCCUUCGUCAGGAAGGAGACCACCAAGACAAAGAAAUACUUCUGUGGGAAAGUCUGUUAUUAUUAAUCAAUUUGACGAAAAUGAUUUUGAAGAAGAAUCACAAAGUGAAAUUCAACCAAAUUUUACAGUUGAUGAAGUUCAAACUCCUUUGGCAAUGUUUCCUCCUGUUGUUUCUGAGAAAGGAAAGACUGAAAAUGCUUCUCCAAUUCCAACUUAUGCUCCUGUUUCUCCUAAAAGAAAUAUGUCUACAAGCUAUUCAUACACUGCAAAUACAACCGAUUGGUUGUUUGAAUCUCAAUAUUCAGAGUUGAAUAAUUCCUACAACACUAGUUUUCAAAACAUAGAUAACAUUGAAGAAGCAAUAAAUGAAACAACUCAAGAAAUUAGCACAAAGAUAUCAUUAAUUGGCUGUGACUUCCAAGUAUAUUUUAUUUUUGUUUUUUAUGUAUAA